GCGGCUCCGGCUCUGGCUCCGGCUCCGGCUCCCUCCCUCGCUCGCGUUUCCAAUUUCCCCGGCUCCGCUGCCCACACGCAGCCGGCAACAUGGCGAUGGGGCGCUCCCCGGCCGGCCGCUAGCGCGGGGACCCGGCUCCGCUCCGCUCCGGCCGGCCCGGAGAGCCAUGCUGCCGAGGCGAGCCCGGGACACGUCCCCGCCCCUCGCCGCCUGCGCUCGCCCGGCCCGGUGAUGGACUGAGACCCGCCGGCUUCCCGCACUCCCAGCACGGGGUGGAUGAUGAAGUGAGAAGGUGUGUCCUCCCUCUGACCCAGAUGGGAGGGACAACCGCCCCACCAUUGCACACAGCUUGAGUUAAAGAUUCAAAUAAAAGCUUCCCCGGCGUGAGGCUGGCCCAGCUGCCCGCCCAGUGGCUCCAUGACGAGGGAGGUGCCCGUCUGGAUGGUGCCCAGGUAGGGAGGAGCCAGCGCCCACCAUGCCCUACGCCCUCCCUCCUCUGCACUGCGCCCUCAAGAUGAUGUCCCGCAAGAAGGCGCUGCUGCUGCUGCUGCUGGCACUCAGCACCCUGAGCCUGCUCAUCCACCAGAGCACGCACCUCAACUGCAGGUCCCCCAAGCCUUCCUCCCCGGGCUGUCCCCCAGCCCCCUCGUCCCGCCCCAAGCACACCUCGGUGGCCUUCCUGAAGACCCACAAGACAGCGGGCACCACAGUGCAGAACAUCCUUUUCCGCUUCGCUGAGCAGCACAACGUGACGGUGGCGCUGCCCCACCACGCCUGCGACCACCAGUUCUGCUACCCCCGCAACUUUUCCGCCCGCUUCGUGCACCCACACACCCUGCCCCCCCGCAUCAUCGCCAGCCACCUGCGCUUCCAGCACCAGGAGCUGCACCGCCUCAUGCCCAACGACACGCUCUACGUCACCAUCCUGCGCGAGCCCGUCGCCAUGUUCGAGUCACUCUUCACCUACUACAACCAGUACUGCUCCGCCUUCAAACGGGUACCCAACGGCUCCAUGGAAGCCUUCCUGGCCAACCCGCUGGCCUUCUAUCGCCCCCAGGAGAAGUUCUCCAUGUAUGCCCACAACACCCUGCUCUACGACCUUGGCGGGGACAACGACCACAGCCCCGCCGACCCCGCCUACCUGCCCGGCUUCAUCCGCCAGAUGGAGGAGGUCUUCUCGCUGGUGAUGAUCGCCGAGUACUUCGAUGAGUCACUGGUGCUGCUGCGCCACCUGCUCUCCUGGGACCUGGAGGACAUGCUCUACGUCAAGCUCAACAUGCGCGGUCCCCGGUCCAAGGGCAACGUCAGCUCAGAGGCGCUGGCCACCCGGAUCCGCGCCUGGAACGGGCUGGACGCCCAGCUCUACGACCACUUCAAUGCCACCUUCUGGCGCAAGGUGGCGCAGGCAGGGCGGGAGUGCGUGGCGGAGGAGGUGCGGGCGCUGCGCCGGGCCUGCGAACAGCUGCUGCGCCGCUGCUUCGGGGGGCGGCCCCAGCUGCGCCCCGCCACGCAGAUCAAGAACAAGGAGCUGCGGCCCUGGCAGCCCAGCUCCAAGGUGGACAUUGUGGGCUAUGACCUGCCUCCGGCUGUGCCCGGCUCAGGUGCCCCCCCUGACGAGCGCUGCCUCAAGCUGGUCAUGCCUGAGGUGCAGUACUCCCGCUAUAUGCUGCGCAAGCAGAGCCUGCGUACCCGCCGCAGGGCCGUGCUCCACCGCCCCCUGCCCCCCCGGGGAGUCCCGCGCCCAGCCAGGGCCCUCCCACUCCGCCACCCCGCAAUGCCCAAGGCAGCCUGAACAGGGGCUGGGACCUUAGCCCAGAUUAGAGACUCACACCUGGGCGUGGGGCUGUGCAGGCAUCGUGGACCUGGCUUUCUGUGCCCCCCUGCCCUCAGAUCGGCCUUUGCUGGCCCCCUGCUCCCUCCCUGGGACAGUCCCCAUCCUGCACAACAGCCCCACUCCCUCCCCCUGCAUUCCACGUCCCUUUGGGAGGGCUGGAUCUGAACUGAACGCCACUGGGGCCUGAUCUGGCCCUGGGAAGCUGCCCCCUUCCUGAGCCUGCGUCGGGUCCAUUUGCAGGUUCUGGAUGGUUUGCAUGUGACCUGGAUUUGGAAAUCCACCAAUCACAGCCUGGGGACUGAGGCAGCGGGAGCCUGGGAGGGAUGCCCAGCAACUCAGCACGGAACAACAGUGUCUAUGGUUUGGGGCCAAGAUGGUGGCCGCCCCCAACUCCAGUCUUUCUCCACUAGUGCUCCUCCCCCCCAGCAUUGGCCCAUACCUCCCCCUAGUGCCGCCACUCACAUGCAGACAUAGCACUUCAUGGGAGACACAGGGACCAGGUCAACCCUGGGGAGGCGGGACUUGAACCCCUGCCCCAAGUAACAGAGCAGGGCCCCUCACACUAGCACCGGGGUUGCAGGAGAGAACCUCCCCUGGCCAGGCACACAACACCACACAGCCUAUCACACACAGACACCCCCCAUCACUCGCAGAGCACCCCACCCAACACAGAUAGCGCACACAUCCUAUCAGUCCCCACCCCCACUUGCGUUUACCCACACACCUUGCACACAGUGCUUAAUCUGUCAUGAAACAGGUGCCGGGGCUCAAGCCAUUUUUUUUCAUUCAUACCUGCUGCAACAAGCCCAGAGGUGCUGGGGCUAGGCACUGCCAGGCCCAGAGGUGCUGGGGCGCCGCCCUGACAAGCCCUGGCCCAAAUUAAACACUGGUUGCACACGUGCACAGUGUCACACACACAAUCACUCACAGCUGGCCCCCUGUGCAAUCACACACAUACCCCUCGCCAGGGUGCCACACUGGUGUGGCAAGGCGACAGUGUCCCAGCAGGGAGUGACUUCCUCCCCGAGACCCCAAGGGGGCACAGCCUGGCUCCUCCUCCCGCCCCAUGAGCCAUUCCCUGGAUAAUGGUUCCCAGGAAGAGGCUGAUGCUGAACAACUGUCAGGGGGAUGGGAACCUGCCCCCAAUAAAGGACUCUGUGAGGUG